AAGUGCUCAUCUUUUUUAUCCAUUUACACCUAUUUAAUACCCCCCUUUCAUACACACAUAGCACGCAAUGCCCGCGAUAACAGUGGAACAGAAACCCGAAGAGACCUCCGAGGUGAUUAACGACGUGGUCUUUUUGGCCACCUACGCCGACACAGACUCUGACGACGAGAGCGGAGAAUUCAAGGAGUUUGAUGACGAGGGCACCUACGGAAUCGUCCGCAAAGAUCCUGACACCCUGGCAGGCUCCAAGGAGUUGCACCCGUGCCAGUGGUCCACGUGCCGCUACACGUUCCCCGAGCUCGACCUUCUCGUGCACCACGUCAUCAUCCACCACAUCGGCACCAGACAGUCGCAGUACACAUGUCAGUGGCGCAACUGUAACCGUCUCGGGAUGCCGCAGCCGUCACGGUUUGCCCUCGUCUCGCAUAUCCGCUCACACACGGGGGAAAAGCCGUUCUGGUGCUUGAUUCCUGAGUGCUUGAAGAGUUUCACCCGAAGCGACGCCUUGGCUAAGCACGUACGCACGGUACACGACGUAAGCAGUACGGAGGUGGUUGACGCUAGCAGCCCCUGGUGGUGGGACGAAGACAUCUGCAAAAGCACCAGAGCGAAGCGCGAAAAGGAAAGCGGAGUUGACACACGCGCGCGUGAAUUUAAUGCGAAGUUCAAGUUUGACCGCCUUUUCUACGAAAAGCUCCGCACAAAGCUGCAGCGCCGUUCCGAGCUGGCGGAAACGCCGUUUGCGCCUGCGUUGGCCCGGGCUACGUCUGACUUUGAGUUGUCCAGGGUCUAUGUCAGAGAUUGUAUACCCACUGACGACGAAAUCAACGGGCUCCACAACUUGGAUGAACUCAAGUCAUUGGCACACACGCUACUGGAGAUGUUGGACCACGUGAGAAGCACAGAGUUAGCGUUAGGGGACGAAUACGCCAAGUUGUCGUAUAAGAAACGCAAGUUGUGGGAGGGAAAAAAUCUUCUAGUCGAUGCCCUUCUCGAGAAACAGUCUACGCCCAUUUAACUCUGUGUAUACGAAUGCCCCGUGGGUGUUCCCGGUGGAUCUUAACCCGGAAAGUAAAAUUAUCUAGUAACAAGUCUGGUACAUUAUGUGAGUCAAAUGUAGCCAGAUUAAAAUCAACCGACAUACUAAAGCUUUGUUAUUACGCUUUAAGCAAGAGUAGCAAUAAAU